UAUGUGGUCCAAGGAGCUUGAAUCAAGUGGUGAUCAGCUUUGCACUCCUGCAGUCAUGCUUGUUCCUUUAAUUUGGUUGAUAUCAUCAUCUAGCUUCUUUACAUUUUCAUCUGCAACAGACACUCUUACACCGUCAGACUCAUUGAGGGACAAUCAGGUGCUGGUUUCAGCUGGUGGAGUGUUUGAGCUUGGCUUAUUCAAUGAAAGCAUUUCAGGCUAUUACUAUCUGGGGAUUUGGUUGAGAGCUGAUCCAACCAGGAUUGUCUGGGUUGCUCGUGAUAAUCCCAUACUGGAUUCAUCUGGUCUACUUCAAAUCCUGUCUGGGAAUUUGGUUCUCACAGACCGUCGACAAGUGCAAUUGAUACUCAACUCAGGAAGUCUUGCCAAGGCCACAACUGCUAACACAAGUGCAACACUUCUUGAUACUGGAAAUUUUGUCCUUAAGGAAGUGGAUACAGGUAAUACUAUAUGGCAAAGUUUUGAUGUAGCGAGUGAUACUUACCUUCCUGGUAUGAAGCUUGGGUUGUUUGGACAAGAGCUUCAUAAUAUUGUUUCUUGGGCAAGCCCUCAAAACCCAGCUCGUGGCAUCUUCAACUUAGGCAUGAGCAACGAUACCAGUAAGCUUUCAGUUGGGCUCGGAAAUAAUGGAGAGAGUAUAGAGAUCAGUUUCUGGGAUGGAAAUAGCAUCCGGUUUAUAUUUGAAAAUUCGACUGCCAAUAUGUACAAUUUUAGCUUCCACUCCAAUGCAAAUGAAGCAUUCUACAGUUUCACUACCAGUAAGAAUUACGACCUUGUGUGGUUUGUGAUAAAUUAUACUGGAAACCUGGACCAGUAUUAUAUGGUGGAUGGGAAGAUCUCGUCUGUGAGUCAUGCUUUGUGUGCAGAUUCAACCGGUGGUAAUACUAGGACCUGCAUUAAUUCAAUACCUUCUGACUGUGAAGAUGGUGCUGACUUUUCUCAGAUUAAUGGUUUGCUGCCAUCUACACCUAAUACUAGUGGUUCCCAUAAUAUGGUGAUUCCUGAUUGUGAAACUUUCUGCAAGAACAAUUGUUCUUGUACUGCUUUCGCUUCAGUUCGGAUUGGUCAACCAGGAUGUCAAUUUUACUAUGGGAGUAAACAGGAUUUAUUGAAGAACAUAGAGAAGGGGGCAGGGUUUAUCUACAUCCGAGGUGGUGGUCCAAGUGAUGCUAAGAAGUGGAAAGUCAGGUUGGCUGUGGCGAUUCCUUUGGCUUCUCUCUUGGUUUUUGUUCCAAUCUCCUUCACCUGCUAUCUGUGCUGGAGAAGGCAACUCAAAGGUCUCCUCCUAAACAAAGAAUUAGGUGUACACAAGGAUCAAGAAUUGCCCCUUUAUAGUUUUGCCACCAUAAAGAAGGCAACAAAUUACUUUUCAGAGUCUAAUAAACUUGGAGAAGGUGGAUAUGGGCCUGUCUAUAAGGGUGUAUUGCUAGUUGAUGGACAAGAAAUUGCAGUGAAAAGGCUGUCCAAGAUUUCCAGGCAAGGGUUGAGGGAGUUCAAAAACGAAAUCUCACUGAUUUGUAAGCUUCAACAUAGAAAUUUGGUUAGGCUUCUGGGAUGCUGCAUUGAAGCAGAAGAAAGUAUACUGAUUUAUGAGUACUUGCCCAACAAAAGUCUAGAUUUCUUCAUUUUUGACUCAAUCAAACAUGUACUUUUGGAUUGGAGAAGGCGUGUUAAUAUUAUUGAAGGGAUUGCACAAGGUCUUCUAUACCUUCACAAAUACUCGAGAUUAAGGAUCAUUCACCGUGAUUUAAAGACCAGCAAUAUUCUCCUGGAUAGUGAGAUGAACCCCAAGAUUUCUGAUUUUGGCAUGGCAACAAUUUUCGGGGACAGUGACAUCAGAGGAAGAACAAACCGGGUUGUUGGUACAUUUGGUUACAUGUCUCCUGAGUAUGCAACAUAUGGCCUCUUUUCUGAAAAAUCUGAUGUCUUUAGCUUUGGGGUGAUCUUAUUGGAGAUCAUAAGUGGCGAGAAGAACAUUGCGUUCUUUGAGGCUGAUCACACCCUGAACUUAAUCAGCAAAGCUUGGCAUUUGUGGAAAGAAGGGAGCAGCAUGGAGUUAAUGGAUUCAACACUGCGUGCUUCGUGUUCAAGUGGUGAAGUUAUCAGAUGCAUACAUAUAGGUCUUCUGUGUGUACAAGAAAGAGCUAUUGAUCGACCAACUAUGUCGGAUGUCAUUUCUCUGCUAAGCAAUCAGUCAUCUGCAUUGCCUCUACCUAAAGAACCUGCAUUUUUGAGUCAUUCAGGCUCCACUGAUGCAGAUUCAUCUUCCAGUAGGCAAAGAUAUCACUCUCAAAAUGAAGUGACCAUAUCAGAAGAAUGCGGCAGGUAAGAAUAUAAGAGUUCACCAAGGUUUUUAGUUCAUUAUAUUGUUGCCGCGUAGAGUUCAUUUUAGUUUGUAUAAUAUAUAGUUGUGAUUAGUGCAAAAGGGAAUGCUCAUUUU